AUGAAUAAAUUAAAAUUCUCUUUUAAUAGAGUUCAAGUCUUUAAAAGAAUUUGUUAUAAUAAAAGAUCAUUUUGUAUUUCAACACAAAAACCAAUUGAAUUUACUUUAAAUAAUAAUAAUAAUAAUAAUUAUAAUAAUAAUAAUAAUAGUGAUAGUAAUAACAAUCCAUCAAUAACUGUACCACCAACUACAAUAUUAAAUAAUAGUAAUAUUAAUAAUAGUAAUAUUAAUAAUAAUAAUAAUAAUAAUAUUAAUAAUAAUAAUGAAGAAUUAUCAACAAAAAAUCAAUAUAUAAAAUUAUUAAAUAAGAUUAGAGAUGAUUAUACAGGUAAAAUGACAACUGGUGAAGUUGAGAAAUAUAUUCAAUUAGAACAAAAUAUACUGGAGAGUGAUGAAUUGAUUGAUUUUCAUUUAGGUACAUUUUAUGCUCAAGGUAUUCUCGUUGAAAAGAAUAAUGAAAUUGCUUUAGAAUAUUUUAGAAAAUCAGCUGACAAUAAUAAUAAUCCAAAAGGUCAAUUUGCAUAUGGUUUAUCAUUAAUUUUAAAUAAUACUGAAAAUUUAUUUAAACCAUUAUUUCCAACAAUUACAAAUAAUAAUAAUAAUAAUAAUAAUGAUAAUAAUGUUUUACUAGGUAAUGGUUGGGUAUCAAUUAAUAAUAAUAAUGAAGAAGAACAAUUUGAUUAUAAAAAAUGGUUAAAAGAGGAAAGAAAGAAAUCAGUAUUAUUUAAAGAGAAUUUAAUUAAAGAUGAAAUUAGUGAAAGAGAAAGAAUUGAAAAAGGGUUAAGAUAUUUACAUCUAAGUGCAAUUCAAAACUUUUCAGUUGCUCAAUUUAAUCUUGGUUUAAUUUUAUUACAUGGUAAAUUUAAUAUUGAUAAAAAUGAGAAACAAGCUAUCUAUUGGUUAGAUAAAGCUUCUACUGAUUUCGAUGAUGUUAACUCAACAUUGGAAUUGGGUAAAUACUAUUUAUCAUCCUAUUCAAAUGAUACUUUAAAUAAUGAAGAACAUUUAAUAUUAGCAUUAAAAUAUUUAAUUAAAGGUUCUUCAAAACUAUCUGAUUCUGAAUCAAGUUUUAUAUUAGGUUCAACAUUUAUUAAUAGAGAUAGUAAUAAUCAAGAGGAGGAGGAGGAACAAUUAAUUGAUUCAAUUAAAUUUUUAAAAUUAUCAAUUGAACAAGGUAAUUGUAAAGCACCAGCAUUUUUAGCAUCACUUUAUUUGGAUGGUGUUGGUGGUGUUGGUGAGAGGGAUGUGGAUAUGUUUAAUCAUUAUUUGGAAUUGGGUGUUGAGAGGGGUGAUUCAGUGGCAAUGGUGAUAUUGGGUGAACAAUAUUUUAGAGGUGAGAAUAAAAGAGAACAAUCUUAUAAAAAAGCAUUACAAUUAUUUAUUGAUGCUUCGGAAUUAGGUAAUUCUGAUGCUUAUAUAAAUCAAGGUGUUUGUCAUUUCAAUGGGUUUGGUACAAAUGUUGAUUAUUCAAAAGCAUUCUAUUGUUAUCAAAAUGCUUUCAAUUUAAAUAAUAAAAGUAUACCUGCAAUUUCAAAUCUAUCAAAUAUGUAUAAACUUGGUUUAGGUGUACCAAAAUCACCUGAGAAUUCAAAUUAUUUUAAUUCUUUAUUAAUUAAAAUUAAUCAAGAAUUAAAUUAA